UUUACAGACUGGUCCGUCAAUUUCAACAUGGCGGCUGUCUUUUUUCUGGUGUUGCUGUCUCUGCUGAAGGCGACUCAAUCCGACUGUGUGGAGGAGGCGGGGGAUUUUAACUUCAACUUCAACUCCUGGGAUGCUGUCGGACCUCUGGACCAUUUCUGGGGAAGCACUGGCUUCUGUCCCCCAGAUCCACACGAGAAGGCAGCUGACUACAUGCUGAGCUCAGACAUGCGGCAGAAUCUGGCCUUCAUCGGAGCGCUGCCCCACAGGGCCAUAGAGCAGGUCAGGGUACACUGGCUUCUGGAGCUUAUCACGGUACAGAGUGUUUCAGCUGGGAGCCCGGCCUACAACUUCAGCCACUUGGACGCCGUGAUGGAGCUGCUCCACGUGAACGGUCUGAGGCCUGGGUUUGAGAUCAUGGGCAACCCCUCCGCCUUCUUCACCGACAUGGAGAACAAGACGCAGGUGUACCAGUGGCGAGACCUCGUCCGGCAUAUAGCAACCAGAUACAUAGGUAUAUAUGGACUGGAAUAUGUGAAGACGUGGAACUUUGAGUCAUGGAACGAACCAGACUGUGGACACUUCAAUGAGCUGAUGACAAAACAAGGUUACUUGAACUACUAUGACGCAUGCUCGGAAGGAUUGAAAGCUGCCAGCCAAUCGCUGAUCUUCGGCGGGCCUGGAGACUUAUGUGACACCAACAAGACCGACACUUACAGAGACGCAUUGUUCGAACACGUCACUUCCGGUACUAACUACUUCACUGGAGAGACGGGUAUAAGACUUGACUUCAUCUCGAUGCACAGAAAGGGUCUCGAAAUGGCGAAGAACAUCGUGGAUGGUGAGUGGGACAUAUAUUCCCACCUUCGCCAGAAAUAUCCGAGUCUGGUGAACAAGCCCUUCUAUAACGAUGAGGCCGACCCACUCGGGGGCUGGAACAAGGAUGAAACGUGGAGGGCGACCGCGGGGUAUGCCGCCAUUGCUGCAAAGAUAAUUGGGCAGCACCAAAAUAUCUUCAGAGCAAAUGCCAGCGCUGGAUUGAAGUAUUCACUCCUUAGCAACGACAACGGCUUCCUUAGUUACUAUCCACACCAGUUCACGCAGCGCACCCUGUUGGCGAGAUUUCAAAUGAACAACACAAAAUCACCAUACGUGACGUUUAUACCUAAACCCAUUUAUGCGACAAUGGUAGCCUUGUCCUUCCUGGGAGACAAGCAGGUUCAUCUUGAAGCAAGGACAAUGGCCGGCGGCCCCGUCUCCAACUUGUCUCACUAUGGCGGCGUGGCCACGCUGCACGAGCCAGAAGAUGAUACGUCCUCUGAUUGCUGGCAGUCGGCGUUCUUCGUCUACAACAGCUGUGAUAUCGGACAUGGCAAAGACUGGGGCCUCCUCGACCUCACCUGGAACAUCCGACCACCCUCUGACAAUGAAGACCUGCGGCUGAUGAUGUACUCGGUGAGUCCCCUAGGGGGAGACCCCUACGGCGUCUGGACAGGGCUGUUCAACUCAACGGAUUUCCCCACCCUCGACCAGUUCCGGUGGCUUCGCCAAGAGGGGAACGUGAUACCGACGAGUGCGUAUGUCCCCCACAAUGCCACCACCGUGCUGCUACCCCCGGGCUUCCAGAUCCUCACCGACACAGUAGUUGUGCUGCACCUGUGUGGCAAGUCGAGGCACCCCCCUGAACAGGUGACUGGUGUCCGCUUUAUUGAGGUCACGGCUGGACAAGUGCAGGUGGUGUGGUCAGAUGAAGCCAUAAAGACAAAGUGUAUCAGUACAUAUGAAGUGGAGUACUCCAAACAGGAAGAAGGUCCAUUUCAGCUUGUCAAUCACGAUGCAACCAUUGUGACGACACUGGUUGUCUCCCCUGAUCCCAAACCAGGCGAUGACCCGGAUGACGUUGUUCGCGGCUACUACAGAGUCAGAGCCCUCGACUAUUUUAAACGUCCAGGACCAUAUUCGGAUAUUGUUAAAUAUUGAAAUAAAUGAGUUAUUGUA